CGGCGGAUUAUUCCUCACACACACACCGCUGCUGCUGCUUUUCCGCGACGGUUCUGAUUCGAUAUGUGUGUUUUUUUGGUAGUUAAUCCACUUGUACGAGCUGCGGGACGACGGGAAUGACCGCGACGAGCCUGUAAUGAGAUUAGAAAGACUGUGUUUUGCUUUUUUUCCGGUGUGUGGGAAGCUGUGGCGUGAUUAGACGACGCUGAUGCGGAGAGAGAGAGAGAGAGAGAGAGAGACACUGACAGACACUGACUGACUGACCUGAUGUUUAUUAGCUUAGCUUAGUUUAGCUUAGCUAGCCUGCGACUUAACUUCUCUCGUGGACGUUCAGUCGGCACGGCGAAAAACAAACAACAACAAGUUUUUUUUGUUUUUUUUUCCGUAACCCACCCGUGAGCAGUAUGGUGAGCCGACGGGAGCCCGGUUUGGGGAAUGCGCUCGGUAGUAUCGGUCACCCCGGAGCUGUGAGUCGGCACGAGCGGCGUCUCGAGCUCCAGGCGCGCUGCGACGCAGUCUGAGGGAUUAGCCACAGUGCUAACGGCUUCACACGGUCUGCAGCAGGCCUGUGGAGAAACAGCGCUUCAUUAUUAUUAUUAUUAUUAUUUUCUUUCAACAAUUAAUUUUCUCUCUCUCUCUCUCUCUCACACACACCCCUCUGCCCUUUUCACUAGCCUCCCAGGUUAAUCCCGCUCAGCUCGCCCACUCGAGUCUCUCACAUUUAUUAGCAGCCGCGGACUCUAAUGGGACCUGCUGGGAAGUUUUUCUGAGGCGCAGGAUUUUUUAUUUUUUUUUCCUCACGGUUUGGACAUAAACACGGUUUCUCUGGCGCGGCCUCUGACUCAACUUGGGCGAAAAUGUCGGAAAACGCGCCGACACGGAGUCUGGAUGAGAUCGACCUGGCGGCGCUGAGGGAUCCAGCAGGAAUCUUUGAGCUGGUGGAGGUCGUGGGCAACGGUACCUACGGGCAAGUGUACAAGGGGCGCCAUGUGAAGACAGGACAGCUGGCUGCUAUAAAGGUGAUGGACGUCACCGAGGAGGAAGAGGAGGAGAUUAAGGCCGAGAUCAACAUGCUGAAGAAGUACAGUCACCACCGUAACAUCGCCACAUACUACGGCGCCUUCGUCAAGAAGAGUCCGCCCGGCCACGACGACCAGCUCUGGCUGGUGAUGGAGUUCUGUGGUGCUGGGUCAGUAACGGACCUUGUGAAGAACACUAAAGGAAACUCCCUGAAGGAGGACUGGAUCGCUUAUAUCUGCCGAGAGAUUCUCCGGGGCCUGUCUCACCUCCACGCGCAUAAGGUCAUCCACAGAGACAUCAAAGGCCAGAAUGUUCUUCUGACUGAGAACGCAGAGGUCAAGCUCGUGGAUUUUGGCGUGAGUGCUCAGUUGGACCGGACCGUAGGCAGGAGGAACACCUUCAUCGGCACUCCCUACUGGAUGGCACCGGAGGUCAUCGCCUGUGACGAGAACCCCGACUCCACCUACGACUACAGGAGUGACAUCUGGUCUCUGGGAAUCACAGCGAUAGAGAUGGCAGAGGGGGCGCCUCCAUUGUGCGAUAUGCAUCCAAUGAGAGCUCUGUUCCUCAUCCCGCGGAAUCCUCCUCCAAAACUGAAGUCCAAGAAAUGGUCCAAAAAGUUCAUCGACUUUAUCGAGGGCUGUCUGGUGAAGACGUACCCGAGCCGUCCGUCCACCGAGCAGCUGCUCAAGCACUCGUUUAUCCGAGACCAGCCGACCGAGCGCCAGGUCCGCAUCCAGCUCAAAGACCACAUCGACCGCACCCGCAAGAAGCGUGGAGAAAAAGAGGAGACGGAGUAUGAGUACAGCGGCAGUGAUGAAGAAGAUGAGAACAGAGGUGAUGAGAGAGAGUCCAGCUCCAUCUUGAACGUGCCGGGCGAGUCGACUCUGAGGCGGGACUUCCUGCGGCUGCAGCAGGAGAAUAAGGAGCGCUCGGAGGCGCUGAAGAGGCAGCAGGCCCAGCUGGCAGCACAGCGCCGUGACCCCGAGGAGCACAAGCGCCAGCUCCUCCACGACCGCCAGAAACGCAUUGAGGAGCAGAAGGAGCAGCGGCGAAGGCUCGAGGAGCAACAGAGGAAGGAGCGCGAGAUGGUGAGGCAGCAGGAGAAGGCUCCUCACCGGAGACUCGACGAUAUGAGGCGGGAGGAGGACCGCAGGAUGGCAGAGAGAGAGCAGGAGUUUAUAAGGCAUAAACUGGAGGAAGAGCAGAGACAGUUAGAAAUCCUUCAGCAGCAGCUUCUCCAGGAGCAGGCCUUGCUCAUGGAGUACAAGAGGAAGCAGCUGGAGGAGCAGAGGCAGUCAGAGAGGCUACAGAGGCAGCUGCAGCAAGAGCACGCUUACCUCGUCUCCCUGCAACAGCAGCAGCAGCAGCAGGAGAAGAAACCACUUUAUCAUUACAGCAAGAACUUGGAUAACAACAAGCCCGCCUGGGCCAGAGAGGUGGAGGAGCGGAGUAAACUAAACCGGCAGGGCUCCCCUAAAAUCUGCACCACUGUCUCCGAUACCAACAUCCAGUCCCGCUCUGACUCCAUCAGCCAAUCAGGAGGCGUGCAGGCUGCACAGACUCCGCCCAUGCAGAGACCUGUCGAACCCCAAGGUGGCCAGGGCAAGGACCCCUCCCCCACCCCGACGCCCCGUCCAUUGCACUCCCGCGAACUCGUACGUCAGAACUCGGACCCCACAUCUGAGAGCCCUGCCCCUCAGCAACGCCCAGUGAGGGAUGACCACGGCCCGUGGAUCCGCCUCCCGGAGAUUGAACAGCCACCAAAAAUUCCUCAGCGAACUGCGUCUAUAGCUGCUGCUCUUAACACUAACCUGACCUCUGGCAUCAGACACCCAGUACGAGCCAGCAAUCCAGAUCUGAGUCGCAAUGACCGCUGGGAAAGAGGAGACAGCGUGGGCCUCAUGUCCAACCUGCCUCAGACUGGCUCCCUCGAGAGACACCGAAUCCUCAGUUCAUCUAAAAUGGACUCGUCUCCCAUCCUCUCUCACGAUGGACGGCACAAACCUGGCGAGUCUCGCACCUCUUCCAGACCCAGCAGACCAGCGGACCACGGGCUGUACUCGAAGGAACGUACGGAGGAGCAGCCUCGUCCUCCAGUGAAGGCCAACGACUAUUCGUCUUCCUCAGAGAGCAGUGAGAGCAGCGAGGAGAGCGAGAGUGGAGAGGGACAGGAAGAGGAGAGUCCCACUGACCGCCCACGAGACCCAGACUCGGACUCGGUCAACACUAUGGUGGUCCAUGAGGAAGAGGAAGGUGAUGGAGGAGAUGAAGAGCGGGCUGGAGGUUACGGUGAUCAGACCAUGCUCGUUCAGAGGACUCCAGAGAAGCGUAAUCAUAAUGGAUACACCAACCUGCCUGACGUGGUUCAGCCGUCGCACUCCCCCACUGACUCCGCCUCCCACUCCUCUCCUGGCAAAGACUCCACGUAUGACUAUCAGUCCAGAGGUUUGGUUAAGGCUUCUGGGAAAUCCUCCUUCACUACUUUUGUGGAUCUUGGAAUGUACCAGCCGUCAGGGGGAACGGGGGAGCCCAUCUCAGUGGGAGGUCUGAGUUCUCGGUUUGACCAGCUGAAGUUGGAGGUGCGAAAAGGCUCCAUGGUCAACGUGAACCCCACGAACACUCGCCCUGUCAGUGACACCCCCGAAAUCCGCAAAUACAAGAAGAGGUUUAACUCCGAGAUCCUCUGUGCUGCACUCUGGGGUGUAAACUUGCUGGUUGGAACGGAGAACGGUCUAAAGCUGUUGGACCGCAGUGGGCAGGGCAAAGUGUAUCCACUCAUCAAUUCCCGCAGGUUCCAGCAGAUGGACGUACUCGAAGGACUUAACCUGCUCAUCACCAUAUCAGGAAAAAAGAAUAAGGUGAGGGUGUAUUAUCUGGCCUGGCUGAGGAAUAAGAUCCUCCAUAAUGACCCCGAGGUGGAGAAGAAGCAGGGCUGGACCACUGUAGGGGAAAUGGAGGGCUGCGUGCACUACAAAGUGGUGAAGUACGAGCGGAUUAAAUUCUUGGUAAUCGCUCUGAAGAAUGCGGUAGAGGUGUACGCCUGGGCACCCAAACCCUACCACAAAUUCAUGGCCUUCAAGUCAUUUACUGACCUGCCUCACAGACCUCAGCUGGUUGACCUGACUGUGGAAGAAGGUCAGAGGUUAAAGGUUAUCUACGGUUCGAGCGCCGGCUUCCACGCCAUUGACGUCGAUUCCGGAAACAACUACGACAUCUACGUUCCUGUCCACAUCCAGUCUCAGGUGACUCCACAUGCGAUUGUCUUCCUGCCCAGCUCUGAUGGAAUGGAGAUGCUGCUGUGUUAUGAGGAUGAGGGAGUGUACGUCAACACCUACGGCCGCAUCAUUAAAGACGUGGUGCUGCAGUGGGGAGAGAUGCCCACCUCUGUUGCUCAUAUCUGUUCUAAUCAGAUCAUGGGCUGGGGCGAGAAGGCUAUUGAGAUUCGCUCAGUGGAGACGGGUCACCUGGAUGGGGUGUUCAUGCACAAGAGAGCUCAGAGACUCAAGUUUCUGUGCGAGAGAAACGACAAGGUGUUCUUUGCAUCGGUGAGGUCUGGUGGAAGCAGUCAAGUUUACUUCAUGACUCUGAACAGAAACUGCAUUAUGAACUGGUGAUGGAGCAGUCAUGUGAUCACUGUUCCCUCUACUCAUUCUCACACUCUCUCUCUCUCUCUCUCUCUCUCUCUCUCUCUCUCACAUACACACACUGUAAAUAGAUACAGUGCCCACACGCUUUUGCUCACAUACGCACAUCUCCCAGAAACGCGUGCUUGCGCGCGCACACACUCAUGCUCCAGACUGUCAUUCGCAGAAAUGGUUGUUCUCUUAACAAUGAGCCUGUUGUACAAACAUCUUGGGGAUGGUGUGUGUUAUGAUGCGUGUGGAUGCCAAAUCGCUUUACUUCCUUUCAUCACCAGAACAAAAUAUUAAUUCUCUUGAUCAGCUUUGAUUAGAUCUCCAGAUUUCAGUGAGUUCGCUUUUUGCUCAGAGCCUUAUUUCAUUUCAUUUCCUAUAUUUCAUUUCUACAUUCCAACUUGACCACCACUGAAGAGCCGAGAUGAAGAAACAGCAGCAGUGUGUAAAGCCAAUCAGCCUUGGACAUUUUCACGGUGGUCGUCACCGCCCCCUGCUGCCCGCGGGUGGCACUACAGCAUCUGUAAUUUUCCAUUCUCACACUGUACUGUAAUUCAGUAGCCUAGUCGUUGAAUCUAAAGGGUUUAAAAACAUCAGUGAUUUUAUUAUUUAUGUUGAAACUAGCAGAACAUUAGUGUAACGUUUUGAGGAGCUCUCACAAUAUCAAGUUAUCAUAUUUUGAGCUCGUCUGCCUCUUAGGUUUUCCCUUCGGCUCUGUAGAACGGAAUCGGGCAGAAUUCUUCAAUCAUUUAUAGUCGGCGCUGUGAAGAAUCUGGGUUAUGCUUUUCGCACAGAAGUGCAACUGUUAUUACAAGCGCACUCUAAUUUAGCCUCGGAGAAUGCUUUUUUUUUUCCUUUUUUUUUUUCCCUGCUUUUUUUUUUUUUUUUGUCUGAAGUUCCAGUAUAUCUCGGGCUGUUUGAUAUUCUCUGUAUGUAGGUAUUUGGUAUUAUUCCUACUUUAAUAAUCUCUUGCUGUUCUAUUGCAAUACGUGCUGUAAUUGUGCUGUUCUCGUUCAAAGUUUUCACAAGAGGAGUUCUUCUUUAACCAGUCAGAUUACGAGGUCAGGAAGAAGUAGUUUUUUGAUUAUUUAUUUAUUUUUGGUGGGAUAUUUUUUUUUUUUUGGAAGCAAAAAUGUGUACUUCAUUUGUGAGCGAAGUAAAUAGAUGGAGCUUUAAGCUUAUGUUAUCAUGCUAAUGUCAAAGAUGGCAACAUUUUUAAAAUGCUCCAGUUCCAUCUAAAAGCAACAAAUGCACAUAUUUAAAAAAAAACAAAAAACAAACCAAAGGCAGUUCACUGAAGGGGAAUGGAUGUGAGACCAUAGGUGAAAGACUUCGCACCAGCUUUAUCUGAACUUCGACUUGUGAAUUUGGAGCCGAUAAAAUACAGGUGAAGGUCUGUGUUUGGUAAACGACCUUCAGACGUAUUUUGUUGCGCGUGUUUCCCCAACACGAUCUCGAUUUCUGUUUUUCAGAUGCAGUCAAACCCCAGUAUCGCCGUCUUUGUUUUUCAGUGUGAACAGGCUUAUUAUUUGAUGUGCUCACAAAUAUAAGAUACGUUUUUUGCUGCCAAAAAUGGCUUUCUGAUAUGGCGUACAGCCUUGUAUGGAAAAUAAAUGAAUAAAAAUUGUCGGUUUUGGCGUGCAUGGGAUGAGCAGGGAUGAUCAGGUUCUUUGGUGAAAAAAAAAUUUGGACUUUUUUUUUUUAAACCAUGGCUUUGGCUUGGAUUUGCCUUUUGUCUGUGUGGGACUAUACUAUAGUAGACACAGUAUAGUCCAAAGCAAUAGCAGUGUGACUGGCGAGCUUGAGCGGGCUCUUCUCUGCAUGCCGCCAGUGUGCGGUGUUACCUGCAGCUCUGCAAUACUAGCAAAUCACCACCACCACCACGACAGCAGCUUCUUUCCCCUUUCCGUUUUUGCUAGCAUAGCCUACUGUGGAUCCAAAACCUUUGUUUACAAAUCUUUACGGUAUAUAUUUGAUUCGAUUUUAUUCGUAUAGCGCUUUUAACAAUAGACAUCGUCAUAAUGUAAAGUGUCGAUUCAGAUUUGGAUUGUUAACGAGCAAACCAGUGGCGAAAAACUCCCUGAGACGGCAUGAGGGAAGGAAGUUGGAGUGAAACCGGGUAGUGGGAUUAGAAGACGAGUCUUUAUGGUUGCAGCAGCAGGAGAUCCUGAAGCAAGCUUUGGUUUCUGUCACACAAAGUUUAUCUAUAUUAAACAUUACUACCAAAAAGAUGUCUAUAUUAAAAGUAUAAUAGCUGAAUAAUAAGGAAUCAUGAUUGUAACUUCGUGUGUGUGUGUGUGUGCACUUUUAUCUCAGUUUUUUUUCUAACAGCUGAGAGACACCAUUAGUUUAAUAUGUGCUCUAAAAUAUUAAAUGAUUGAAAAGAAUGUUGGCGAAUGAGAGUCGAAUUACAGUAGAAAAUAGAUUUCCAAACCUCUUGGCGUGUCUUUCGGAAACCGUUCAGGGUGUAAAGCGAGUUGUCGAGAAAUGUAGUUGAUCAGUCAACUUGGGUUCAGCCUCUGAACAAAAUUCCACGUAGCUGAACACUGGAACGCGAUCAGCCAUCUUGGAUGAAUUCGGAUACAAAUUUGAACGUAGAUUUGGAUUUUAUUCCUAUCAAAAUGAAAUGCGUGAAGGUUUUUUUUUUUUUUUUUUUCAUAGGUACAGCAUUUCUGGAAAGUACAGUGCUGGGCAAAAGUCUGAGGCACAUGUAAAGAAAUGCCGGAGACCAAAAACGGCUUAAAAAUAACGAAACGAAAUGUUUCAGUAAGCCAUAAUAAAUGGAAGUCAAUAUUUGGUGUGAGGCAAUGCUUUGCUUUUAAAAAAAAAAAAAAAGGUAGUCUCCGGUACAGUGAGUGCAGUUUUAUGCGGAAAUGAGCUGUAGGUUUUACUGAUCAUCUUCCAGAACCAGCCCCAGUUCUUCUGGACACUUUGUCGCACUCGCUUCUUCAUUUUGCACCAAAAGUUUUCCAGUAGCCUUCAUUGUUUUUGGUUUUUAGGGCCUGUUUACACGAGGACGCUGUCGGGUAAAAACGACUAAAUAUUUUAUCGGAAGUGCCUUUCGUCUACACGGGGACGGCGUUUCCGAGGCUGAAAAACGGAAAAAAAUUGAAAACGCCUUCCAGAGUGGAUAAGUUAAAAACAGCCCCCGUUGCAUAUCCGUCUAAACUACCCAAUACGCGAAACUCUGCUCGGAUCUGCUCACGUCGGGUACGCGUUUACGUCAUACAUAUGUCAUAUACUGUACAUGCCAGCCCGGGAAGUAAGAAAGUAAGUAAAAAAGUAAGAGCAUGUCUGAUUACAUCGAUCCAACGGACCUUCAAGCUGCUCUGGCAGCUUUAAUAAACGUCCAGGAGUCCUUCGAACAUCUAUCCCGAAUCUGCACAUAUACCGUUAAUGAACAGAGGCGGGUAUAGCAUGCUCUUACUUUUUUACUUACUUUCUUACUUACCAUAGCCAGAGUAGUCAAAGUUUUCGCGGCGCAGAUGUGCAGAUCAGACAAGACGGAAGACGUUGCACAUGCGUGCAGACAUAGUGGAGGUCUUUCACAGCACCACCUAGCCGCCUGGCAUGCACAUCCAAUUGAAUUCCACACAUUUAUGCGUCACCGUAUAGACGCAGAUUUCCUCCUUGAAAACGGUCGUGUAGACGCGGAAAAAAGUGAGGACGAAACCGGACUUUUGCGUUUUUGUUUCAGACCGUCCCCGUGUAAAGUGGGCCUCAGUCUGAAAAGUGCUGUCUUAUGGAAUAUGUUGCUCAGAUACAAACUUUUUUUUUUUUUCUUUCUUUCCCUGUAACAUUUAAUUUUGUGCUGGAAAAUGAACAAAUGUUUGGAACUCUAAAAUGUUUUUGUAAUGUUGUGACUUGAUAAUGUAGACACCAUUAAAAUAGAAAUCUAUAACAAAGUUUGUAUGGGGGGAAAAAAAUGGGGGAGGGGGGUGGCUAAGACUUUUGCACAGGACUGUAUAUCCAUUAUUUAUUGGCUAUAUUAGUCUCAACCGCCAAACUAAAGCAACAAAGUUUGGAAACCAAACGUGACGUGGCUGAUCGAUUUAUAUUUUGUGGGACGUUGUGCAAGUUUGAGAUGUGUAUAUAGUUUUCUUCCAUCUCUCAAUCCCACUCUUUUAUUUUAAUUUGGAGCUUCUCACACAAACCCUUGCACAUUCCUCUAUAUAUAUAUAUCUUACUCUUAAACUCUUCUGUUCUUCAUGCGCUCAUCCCCCCCCCCCCCCCCCCCCCACGCGUUCUUAUUGUCUCUGUAGUAGUAAGCUUUGUUUAUUAAUGUUCCCCCAUUUGUACUGCCAUGUUUACCGUUAUAGCAGUGCCUUGGAGCUGGGUUGUGUGUGUGUGUGUGUGUGUGUGUCUUUACAAAGGAUGCUAUAGUAUUUCUUUCUGAGUAAUAUGCCCCCCUUUCCUUACUCCCCAUCCCCCUGGUGCAUAAAUAAAUAGUUCAGGGAAGAAAAAAAAAAAGGGAAGCCAGUGCAAUCAGAAAUGUAUCUCAUGUCAAGAAAGUGCACUUAAACUGAAAAUUAGUUCAGACCUGAAAGCCAUUGUAUUUGGAAAGCACCUUUCCCUAGAAUUAAAGUAUCACACACCAGGUUGUGACGUCACUCGUGCAUAAAGGAGGGCGGUGGGAACCUUCAGCUGGCAAAGACGGAUUAAAGUGCCAUUCCACCAUUGGAUGUAUUCUUUGGCAUAAAAUACAAUAUAUUUUAUGACAUGACUAGACCGAGAAAUCUUUUAGCUUCAAAAUGAUAUAUCAAACAAUU